AUGGAAAAGUCAGAACUAAUGACACCUUUCUCAGCCCUGGAUGGUUAUAUAAGCAGCCACUGCUCCAGUGGGACCCUCAGAGAGGCAAGGUUAUCCAAAAUCCUGUCCUUGGCAUCUACGCAUGACGCAGGUGCAAACUUCCGCUUCUCAGAUCAAUGCAAAGUCUAUUUGGAAAGAGCCCUCUCUGCAGCCUCCCGAGGCACCAGGGCAAUCGAUGGCCCUCCGUCCCAGGUGCUGAACAAGCACUUGGAACUGGCCGCAGAGGACGGGGCAGCUGGGACAGAGAGAGGACCAAGGCCCCUCCCUCCACCUCCAUCCAGCCACACGCGCGACGCUCCGGCCGUGGGCCUGAAAGCGUGGCCGUGUCUGCUGCUGAGCGGUUCAGUGAGACCCUCUGCAACAGUGCACCCCGUCUUGAAUGAAGCUCUUCUGUUCUUGUUCAAAUUUAACUUAAAUGUUCCUUGGAAAUUCACAGAUGAUUUGAGAGCUCAAGUCAAGAAGAAGAAUAUUCAGUUGGAAUCUCUAAGGCGCUUAGGAGCUAAGUCGAGGCCCAGGGAGUCUGUUCACGGAGGACGGAGGAACAGCCCAGGCGGCAUCGGAGGAAACCAAUCCUGGAGACUCACCUUCGGACCUGAGUCCCCCCGGCGGCACUGGCCGGUGUGCUGCGUGGGCUCGCUAGGGCUGGCGCGGCUGCCGCCGGCGGGCGUGUGUCGGCCCAGUGACAUCACUCGUCGCGGGCACAGGCGGACGGACCGGCCUGGACGCUCCCCUUCUGCCCUCCGGCCGGGGCCCCUGCUUUCUGCCGAUUUCUCCCGCAGAGGGCCUUUUGACCAUGCUCCCCUUGGCCAGGACAGGGUCUCCGCCAGGUGGGUUUGCACCAUCAUGGCCAGGGCGCGCAUUCAGGUCUGGGGUGGGAAUGUCUCCCUUGUAACCAGCCCUGCUGAGCCGGCAGCUUCGGCAGACGGGGCUCCUGGCGGGCGGUUCAGAGGGGCUGGAUUCAUGGACAAGCUGGCUCUGCCGUGGUGA